AGCCCACAGAGGUAUAUAGAAUGGACCGGAAACUCUGAGAAACCUACAACCUUAAACCUCCGCGGCUUCAACUGUUCCGUAGUCGUGGGAUCUCCUCCUCCGUCUCCGACGUUACCCUCUUGCUAAUCCGAUUCUUCUCUGGGGUUUUCAGGCUUCUCAGUCGGAAAAUUUAUGUCCUUUCCUCCAUUGCUACGCCGUUAGGAUCAAUAGCUAACGAGGUGAAGAUUGGCUGCGCAUAAAUAUGUACAGUAUUGAUGGGUAUUUUGAAUUGGUUACUGUUGAUUCGUGUUGGGCUUUGAUUAUUUUCUGCUGAGGAAUCUUCGAAGUACGUGGAUUCUGCACUUUCUUUGCCUGUUCACUGUCGUGAGGAUACCCAGAAUCUGUUUGUGAAAAUUCCUCUUAGAAGCUGGUCUUGAUGUUAUUGGCUUUCUCGUUGUCUAUGGUCUGAGAGCGAUUUCCAGCGACAGAUCGAUCUGAAGGUGUUACAUUUCGAAGAAGUUUGGUGUGGUUGAUGGGUAGUGAAGAUUUCGAGAAACCAUCCUAUUUAGUCUCGUUUUCACCUAAGGGGCAUGUUUAGAUUCAAGGCAGGACCUGGAUCAUGCUUUCUCUGCGACCCAUUCGCAGACUCUGCCAUUCUGCCUCCGCAGCCACUGGCAUUGCUUCUAUACCUGAAUUGAAUCAGAUUCAGCCUGCCCUUGUCAAGCUCAAAGCCGAGCGAGACCCAGAGAAGCUAUACGAGCUCUUCAAAGCUAACGCCACAAACCGUUUGGUUGUUGAGAAUCGGUUUGCUUUCGAAGAUACGGUUUCUAGAUUAGCAGGGGCAUGUCGGUUUGAUUAUAUCGAGGAUCUGCUUGAGCAUCAGAAGACUCUUCCUCAAGGUAGGCGUGAGGGUUUCAUUGUUAGGAUUAUCAUGCUGUAUGGAAAGGCUGGAAUGACCAAGCAUGCCCUUGAUACUUUCUACAAUAUGCAUUUGUAUGGUUGCAAGAGGACCGUUAAGUCCUUCAAUGCGACCCUUAAGGUUUUGACAUUGAACCCUGAUCCGGUCACCAUCCAGGAGUUCCUUCAUGAUGUUCCGUGGAAGUAUGGGGUUCAACUUGAUACGUUUUCUUUUAAUAUCGUCAUCAAAGCUUUCUGUGAGAUGGGAGUUCUUGACAAGGCAUACUUGAUUAUGAUAGAGAUGGAAAAAUCAGGUUUGUUACCAGAUGUGGUUACGUAUACAACCCUUAUGUCAGCAUUUUACAAGCACAAUCGGUAUAUGAUUGGAAAUGGACUGUGGAACCUUAUGAUCCUCAAAGGAGUUACGCCUAAUCUCACUAGCUUUAACGUUAGGAUUCAAUUUUUAGUGAAUAGGAGACGAGCAUGGGAAGCAAAUGAUCUGUUGAUGUUAAUGCCGAAACUUCAGAUAGUCCCUGACGAGGUAACAUAUAAUUUGGUUAUCAAGGGGUUUUGUCUUGCUGGAUUCCCUGAAAUGGCCAAAAGGGUGUAUUCAGCCAUGCGUGGGAAAGGGUACAAACCCAAUGUGAAGAUCUAUCAGACCAUGAUACACUAUCUUUGUAAAGGAGGGGAGUUUGAUUUGGCAUAUACGAUGUGUAAGGAUUGUAUGGGAAAGAAGUGGUACCCGAACAUGGACACUGUUCGGACAUUGCUUGAGGGGCUUGUGAAAAUGGGGCGAUGCGACAAGGCUACGUUAAUCAUGUCUUUAGUUCGCAAACGAGUGCCUCCUAUCAGCUCAAAGCAGUUGAUGUCCCUGCAAUCGGUUCUGUCUAGGGAUUAAUCAUUUAAUGGAAAAGGAAAAGAUCUCUUUUUUGUUUACAGAACAGGGCGUCUUAAGGAUUCUUUGUACCAAGCUUCUUUCGUAAACACGUGGCGAAAACAAGGAAACGAGGUUUCUUAGAGCACCAGCUGAAGGCAUAUUCGUUUGUUAUCUGUUCUUCCAUGCCAAUAAAGCCCACCACACAAUAGCAGAAUGGUGUAUACAAUGUCCCCGACUAAUGCCGGAAUCCGCCUGUAAGAACCUUGAACUUCGGCUUUCAACCGUUCUGGCCAACCGUAAGCAUUAUCUUAAAGAAACUUUCUCUUCGUUUCCACUUGGGAGAUCGAUGUUCAGGGCUUGUCCUGCAACAGCACGGCUAAGGCCAUGCGAAAGAGCGGAGACCAGAGAUCUCCGAUUGGAUUUGUGAUCGAUUUCGAUUCAAAACCCAUUUGUGGAACACUGAAAGUUUCCGCCUUUUGUCGCAGUUCCUGAAGAGGGGUUGGGGCUUCAACAAUGUGUAGAGCUUGUGAUUAGGUCGCGUGGCUCUUAAGGCACUUGUGAGAGAGAUUGAGUGUCUCGAGAUUGAGAGAAGUGCGGAAAAAAAAUUAAGUCACCAGAAAUGUGUGGUCUGAAAGCGACUGUUACUUGUCGAAAUUUGUUACGUAAUUGUUUAACGAAAAUUUUGCCCAAUGAGUUUGGAAUUCAA